AUGACACGCGCACAACAGACCAUCAGCAUUGCGAUGCUCCUGACCUCCCUUUACCUCGCGGUAUUCAUGGAGCUCAUUUCUUUCCCCGAGAAGAUCCAGAAGGAGGUUGUCCCUGUGAUCCCUUUCUGGGCACUCGUCUCGUUCGGCGCAUACCUUCUCUUCAAGCUCGGCUGGGGAGUCUUCACCUUCAAUGACGUACCCGAGGCGCACGCGGAAUUGAUGGCACAGAUCAAGGAGGCACGAACAGAACUCCGCGCAAAAGGCGUCGACGUUGGCGCCGACGACUAA